AUGUACCCGGACGGCCCGCGUUCGAAUCCGACACCAAACUGUGACACAAUGAAAGUGGCUGUUAUUUUCGUUCUGCUCUUUGCCACAGUUCUCUGCCGGCCGGUAAGACGACCACCAGCUCAGUCCAUGAGGAAACAGGCACUUGUGGUUCCACAGGCACGUAAAGCACCUGUACAGAAAAUUGUAGCAGCAGCUGCCGCCAGCUCAGACGAGAGCACAGACAGUUCAGAUGAAGACCAGGUGGCAGCAGUAGAGGCUCCAGUAUUGGUCAAGUCUGACAGCUCAGCCACAGCUUCCACAGACACAGUCUCUGUCAACAGUGAGGACAGCGACGAUGAUGAUGAUGAGGAUGAAACUGAAGAAAGUGAAACCGAAGAAGAGGAGGAUGAAGAUGAUGAGUCUAGCGACAGCUCAGAGUCUGGCGAGUCCUCCACCGCUGUCCCCUCCACCCUCACACCUGUGAUCAUCACAGAGGAGCCUGUACCUGAAACCACAGAGGCACCAAUCGUGCCCACGGUCGUCACAGAUGGGGAGGCCCGUGGCGACAGCUUGGGAGGAUACCCCAGUGACUACAAGACCAUCAUCUACGUGGAGGACAAAUCUUACCACAAGGUUCCUGCUCCCUACAAGUCCUAUGAGUUUGUCAACACGGGGAAGAAGAUGGCAUACGACAUGACAGACGGCAACGAGGUGGAGAAGUCUCUGCAGGUGUACAAGGCCAUCCAUGUCCACUCUGAUAUCCUGGAGGAGGACACAAGCACCCCUGAGGUAGAGAGCCAGGGCCUGGAUGCUUCUUCUGGCACCUCUCAGGACCAGGAUAUCACUGUCCGCCAGGCCUCUGUCCCAGAGGAGGCCAGUGCUAGCGCCAGCGAUGCUACCACCAGUGAGAGCGAGAGCUCCAGCUCCAGCACCCCAGAGGAAGAAGAAGAAGAGGAGAGUGCCAGCACCGCCAGCGACAGCACAAGCACCAGCGAGGAGUCAGAGGAUGAGGAGAGCCAGAGCAGCGAGGAGGCCACGGCCACUCCUGGAGCCGCUGACAGCGACUCGGACGAGAGUGAGAGCAGUGAGAGUGACUCUGAUGAGGAGGGGGCGGGACCUGACAUCACCACUGAUGUGCCAGUGGUUAUCACUGCCAAAUAAGCCCAACAAUUUCAGGAAGUGAGGGGGAUGGUGGUGUCCGGUAGAUUCACAUACAGAGCACAUGCUGCAUCCAGAUGCAAAAAAAAACGACAACAACAAAAAAAACCCUUCCAAAGCCAUAUUCCUCUGCA